GCUCCGGACGCUGGCUGCGCGGCUGCGCACUACUGCCGCCGCUGUCGCCGGGGUGAGAGGAGUGGACGCGAUGGCAGGGCCCGCGUGGAUCUCCAAGGUCUCUCGGCUGCUGGGGGCAUUCCACAACCAAAAACAGGUGACCAGAGGUUUUGCUGGUGGUGUUAAGACAGUAACUUUAAUUCCAGGAGAUGGAAUUGGCCCAGAAAUUUCUGCUGCAGUUAUGAAGAUUUUUGAUGCUGCCAAAGCACCUAUUCAGUGGGAGGAGCGAAACGUCACCGCCAUUCAAGGUCCGGGAGGAAAGUGGAUGAUCCCUCCAGAAGCCAAAGAGUCCAUGGAUAAGAACAAGAUGGGCUUGAAAGGCCCUUUGAAAACACCAAUAGCUGCUGGGCACCCAUCUAUGAAUUUAUUGCUGCGUAAAACAUUUGACCUUUAUGCAAAUGUCCGACCAUGUGUCUCAAUCGAAGGCUAUAAAACCCCUUACCAUGAUGUAAAUAUUGUGACCAUUCGAGAGAACACGGAAGGAGAAUACAGUGGAAUUGAGCAUGUGAUCGUGGAUGGAGUUGUGCAGAGUAUCAAGCUCAUCACCGAGGCGGCGAGCAAGCGCAUUGCGGAGUUUGCCUUUGAAUACGCGCGGAACAACCACCGGAGCAACGUCACGGCCGUGCAUAAAGCCAACAUCAUGCGAAUGUCAGAUGGGCUUUUUCUGCAAAAAUGCAGGGAAGUUGCAGAAAACUGUAAAGAUAUUAAAUUUAAUGAGAUGUACCUUGAUACAGUAUGUUUGAAUAUGGUCCAAGACCCAUCCCAGUUUGAUGUUCUUGUUAUGCCAAAUUUGUAUGGAGACAUCCUUAGUGACCUGUGUGCGGGAUUGAUUGGAGGUCUCGGUGUGACACCAAGCGGCAACAUUGGAGCCAAUGGCGUUGCAAUCUUCGAGUCGGUUCACGGGACCGCCCCGGACAUCGCGGGCAAGGACAUGGCCAACCCCACGGCCCUCCUGCUCAGCGCCGUGAUGAUGCUGCGCCACAUGGGGCUUUUUGACCACGCCGCAAAGAUUGAGACGGCAUGUUUUGCUACAAUUAAGGAUGGAAAGAGCUUAACCAAAGAUUUGGGAGGCAAUUCAAAAUGCUCAGACUUCACAGAAGAAAUCUGUCGGCGAGUAAAAGAUUUAGAUUAAGGCUUCUACAGAUGGUAUCUGCAUCAGUCACUCCUAGCGGACGCUUAUCUGCAUCAGUCACUCCUAGUGGACGCCACAUCAGCCUGCGUUAGAAUACUUCUCAUUAUGUAUGCAUUUAUGCAUUUGUUGCUUGUUUCUUGACAGAGUACAUUUUUAGACCUGGCCUUUUUCUUAACAAAACUGUGCAGAGGAUGCAGGUAAUGUCCCUAGACCUGCUUUCAAAGGACUUCUUCCAAGUGCUUGUUUUAUUUAUUAAAUGUCUAUCUGCUAUACAUUUUUUGUAAACUCUCAAGUGAACUGUUAUCAUUUGCUGUUGUUAACCAUUUUAUGCUUCAGUUAAAAUAGUUUUUCUUUCACUGUAAAUAUCAUGAUACAGAAAUACUAAGAGAAAACAUCUAACUUUUUAAAGAAAAACACUGAUAUUCUUGGUUUACGAAAAAUAUAAUGGAGAUAAAGUAGAAUGUUGGCAUAAUAGCACGAGAGGAUAUUCUUAUAAAACUGAAUGGGCACAAGAGAAAUUUCCUGGGAAAGUUUACAUCAAAAACAGUGAAUAUGGUAUAUUUCUUAGCGAUAUGGAAAGUAAAGACUAAUUUGUACUUUACAUGAAUUACUGAGUAUGAAUAAAGACUUCGGAUGGGAGAAAUA